AUGUGGAUUCUGACGUACGUUGGAGCAGAGUUUAAUGGACUCACGUUGCUGAUUCUGGCGGACGUGGUGGCCUUCACUGCUCCUCUGCUGUACCAGAAGAACAAGACUCAGGUCGAUCAGUUUGUGGAAAAAUCCCAGAAGAAGCUGGAGCUGGCUCUGCUGAGGCUGCAGGACAGACUUCCUGGAGCAGUGAAGAAGCUGAAACCAGAGUAA